AUGGCAGCCGCAGCGUCAACCUCAGAACCAGUGGCGGCAAAAACAACAAAGUCUCCAUGGCUAGACGAGGAACCUGGAGCUUUGCAUGUCGACAAGGUCUUGGAACAGGUCUCACAGGAUGACCAGGACGAAUGGGAAUACGAAUACUCCACGACCGAGACGGAAGUCUACUAUCUAACGCUUGAUCUAUCAUAUCCCGAGUUCAAAGAGCGCCCAGCAAAGGCCCAUCAUCACAGCCGGGGAGGAUAUUACAAGAAUUGGUCCGAUCAGUACGCUGAUAACAAUAACGCAGACGUCAAGCACGAUAAACAAGUUGUUGGCCCACACGACUCAGGUCAGAACGAGAAUAACAACGACGGAGACGACGACCAGGGCAACAGUGGGGCCCCAGAACCUGAAGAAGAAAUUCAAGAAGAAGAUGCACCUGGGGAAGAAGAGGAAAAUGAAGAGGACGCCAAUAUAGAUCCUCGUCUAAGAGCGAUUAGCAACCCUGCGAAAGUGGCGAAGCCAGUGAAGAAGGACAAGGGGAAAGGAAAAGAGAGAGAAGAUGCGGCUACGAAAGAGGCGGCCGAGCCAACAGCAGAUGAUAAAGAGUCCAGCGAGCCUCUGGAAGAGAUCCAGAUACUGGAACUCCACUCUCGCAACCCGAUUAUAUCCUACAGAGGCCGAGUGUUUGAGGGUCAAUGGGCAGAAGUAAUCGGAACAGAGGCAAUCUUGGCAGAUCGCGAGGCCAACAAUGCCACCCAGCUACCCGCCCUUCGCCAUCUUCCUGGCGGUGUAGAUAUGCUUGGGGCCAGUUCCUCCCGUAUCCUGACCACUGAAAAGACUUUGAAGUCCAAAGUGGCACAAAAGGACUCAUUAAAGGCUAUUCGUGAGGAGUGGAACAUUCGCAUUCCUCCUGGGAAAGAUAGAACAGGCGAGAGGGCGCAACAGCUGCGCUUCCUGGAGAAUCUUAUCGCCCUCAAGAAGAAAAGGGGCAACGAAGAUGAAGUUACCGUUUAUGCGGUGGAUGGCGCUGGAAAGGACUUUGAUGACAGAAAGGGGCCUGAUUUCAAACCUAGGAGGAAAAAGCCCAGUCUUGGUGUGGAAGAGAACAACGGUGCUAGCCAGAGCGACAGAAGGGAACAUCAAUAUACAAGACGGAGUCAGGGCCGCCAAGCAGGCAGGCGAAAGAGGGUUUCUGCUAUCAGAGGCACAUCGGCAGCAACAGACAGGGGCGUUGUCCCCACUCCCGACUCAACUACUCUAUCUACGCCAACGCCGGGCCAUUGGGAUGAACUCUUGGGAAUACAAGGGGACGAAGAUGACAAUAAUAAUGACAGCCUCAGUGACAUCGAUGAGGACAGCGACGCACCGGCAAGAAUGCGUGUUGGUUUUGAUGACGAAGAUGAGGAUGACGAUGAAGACGAGGAUGACGAAGAGGAUGAAGAUGACGGAGAUGUGAUGAUGCUUGGCUAGGGUUGAUACGGAGAGCAGCGCUAUCAGACUCUGAAAAUAAUACCCAUUACAGUUUACUUGCACGAGUUC